GUCACAUAUUGGUGUCAACUGAUGCCCAGACUGACCAGCUGAUACCGCUGUCCGGCUGGCAUCAGGCCACCUGCGGGUCGAUCUGUCCGGGAGGAAGGCUCCGAUAUGAGUCAGGCGGGGUGGGCUCAGUGUGGGUGUGACCUGAUCGAAAUUGCAUUUAAAAAGGAACUCCAAACCCUCAGAGGUCAGGAAGAAAUAAGCAAGCAAGAUGAGUCUCUCCGACAAAGACAAGGCAGCAGUCAGGGCUCUGUGGAGCACGAUCAGCAAGUCAAGUGAUGCGAUUGGAAACGAUGCUCUGAGCAGGAUGAUCGUCGUCUAUCCGCAGACCAAGAUCUACUUCUCCCACUGGCCAGAGGUGAUCCCCGGCUCUAUUCACAUUAAGGAGCAUGGCAAGAAGGUGAUGGGUGGAAUCGAGCUGGCUGUGUCCAAGAUUGACGACCUGAAAACUGGUCUGUUUGAGCUCAGCGAGCAGCACGCCUUCAAGCUGCGAGUGGACCCGGGCAACUUCAAGAUCCUGAACCACUGCAUCCUGGUGGUGAUCGCCACCAUGUUCCCGAAGGAAUUCACCCCCGAGGCCCACGUCUCCCUGGAUAAAUUCCUCUCUGGAGUGGCCCUGGCUCUCGCUGAGAGAUACCGCUAAACUGCACGCGGAGGGAAAUGUCACAUGCAGGCCAUCCUUUCACUCAUUGUGAACAAUUAGAGAAUAAACUGCAUGCCGCUCAAAAUUGGCUUUGUGUCUUUCAUGUCUUCUGAAAUGUGUCUUUUAAUUCAUACAAUACUUUAUUUCUUGCAAGAGAAUAAAUGAAGAGAGCGUCUA